AUGUCUGGAAAGAACGCAAUUACGAAGUCUCGGACCACCAUCCAGACGCAGCUACCUCCUAACAUGCAGGCUAACGCUGGUGCUACAGAUGUGCAGCUAGCAUCAAGCGAACCUGGCGCUACCCAGUCCGAGGCUGGAUCUAGACACGUCGCAGACACUGAUGUCUUGAAACUCGAGAUUUUAUCAUCGCUUAAAGAAGACAUUGUUGGAAUUAUCAAGAAAGAGCUCCAGGAUGCCCUUGUGCCCGCACAGCUAGCGGCUAACAAGGCUGCUACUGAUGCUAUACUGACUACACUGAAAGUCCACGAGGGUCCCAACACCUGCACCACCACUGUUGUCGCUGCCCUGCUUAAAGAGACCCUCGGGUUGGACAACGAGCCUCGUCUGGACCGGUCUCAUCGAACCGCGCCUCGUCAAUCAGCACCAGGAGAGCGCACGCGUCCCAGAGCUAUCAUCUGUCGGCUUCUCUACUACAGUGACUGUGUGGACAUUUUACGUCGUGCGAGAGAGCGGGGACAGAUAAAGGGCGCCCGGUAUGGUCUGUUCUACCCAGCGCGGCUCCGGAUCACCUACGGGGGAGCAGAGAAGGAAUUCACCUCCGCUGAUGACGCUGGACAAUACGUGAAGACCAUGACAACAGGGUAA